GGUUCUGUUCCUGUUACUACGUAUGAAAACUGGAAACUGCACCUCUGCAAAGAGAAAAUUAAAAAUUAUUUUGUUGUAUGUAGCUAUUUAGUAAUAUUAUUUGUGAAUGUAUGUACAUUUAACAUUUUAACAAAUUUAACUUACCUGGCUAUGCAAAGCCUUGGUUAGUAUCGAAAACGCGUCGGUGGUUGAAUUAGUAAAUGCAGUUUCCGCAGGCAGAGUCAACUGUUUUUACACGAUCCGAAGUGGAAGACAUAACCCAAUCAGCAUCAAAGCCGCAAAUUAUGAAAAAGUUUAUUAAGUCUAAAAUAGAUCACAAUGAAACCGCGAGCCGUAGUACACCAACUAUUUUAGCAGAUCCAACUCCAAAAGUUGAAAGAGAAAAAAUAAUGCCAGAUGUGCAACCACCUCUUCCUUUAGACCCGCCACAAUCUGGCGAGAAACCGAAAUUAGCUUUAAAACUUAAACAGGAAAUUGAGGAUAUUGAAUAUCAAAUCCCUUGGUUUAAAGUUUCUGAAGAUUCUUUACUAGAGGGUGAGGAAUCAACUGACACUUUAAACCAUGAGAAGAGAAGAAGAGAAUUAAAUGGAGCUGAAGAAACUGACGCUAGUAAGCCAAAACCAAUGUGCCGGGAUUUUAUCAGAGGAAGGUGUACAAGACCAGGAACCUGCAAAUUUACUCACAAAUGUGACGUAUCACAACUUGUUGGUGUCUAUACGUUUUGCCGAAACUUCCAAAACUCUGUAUGCGCUCUUCCGAAUUGUAAAUAUGUUCAUGCCACAGUUUUCGAAGAACAACAUUUCUAUAGAACAGGAGAGUUGCCGCCACAUGCACUAGCCCAUCAUAAAAAGGUGAAUAUUUUACCACCGCCUCCGCCGCCGCCUCCAGAAGAGGCUCGGCAAACUUUUGAUAAUCCACCACCGCCUGUGCCGGCACCGACAGCAAGCUCAUCACCCAUAAAGCGUGAUUGGGCGCAGAAGGCUCCGGAAACUUUUGAUAAUCCACCGCCACCUGUGCCGGCACCGAACGCGAGAUCAUCGCCCAUAAAGCGUGAUUGGGCGCUGAACCAUGCGGCGCGCGUGCUGGAGGCCAGUGGAAUUGUGCCAAAAAAAUGCAAAAAUUGUGAAGUCACGGAGCUCAGAUAUAGAUAUAACCAAGAUAAACUCAAAUUUGCGGAACUCGCGAAUAUUGAACUAUCUAAUAAGAUUCUUGAAGUGGAGGACAAAAUGGCAAAAGUCAUGUCGAUCAUGACCAUAAUAAUAAAAGCAAAGGCUCUUGCAAAUAUCUCAAGCGGUGGUGACACAUAUUAAGGACCUAAUGGAACAAAUAAAGAAUAUGAUGAGUAAUGAAAUUCAAUCGAGAACAGAUUUAUCGUAGGAAUAUAGAUAUGUCCAAUUUAUUGGCGACACUACUUAAUCCUCUACCUGGUGACCAGAAGCCCGAUGUGUAACAUACUAGUGUUCUUUAGCAUUAUCAUUAUAACACAUUGUGCAUUUUUAGUAUAACUAAGUAUAAUAAGAUAUUCCUUAAGAUAUAAGAUAUUUCACGUCGGUUUGUUUUUUGUAAAUGAAAUAUUUACGUAUAAUAUAUUUGGAUUACGGCCGUGAAUUGUGGCAUUUCUCGGGGAAUACUUGCCUUUAAAAAAAUGAUAGAAUUUUUAUAGAUCUUCAUUAGUACUCAAAUACUAGAAAUGUCAUCUGCUUAGUUAAAUAAGGUUAAAUGUUAAUUUAUUCUCAUACGUAACUAGGCAAGAUUAGUUGUUUUUUUAUUACCAAGAUGUAGCUAUUAUACUAUAAAUAGCUUAAGUAGGUGUUAGUCAUAUAGUGCAUCUUAUCUGUUGUAUUGUAUGUCCUUAAUAUUAUACUUUGUUAAUUUUAAUAACUGUAGAAUAUCUCAUAGGUUAGUUAUAUGGUUUAUAAAAAGUUAAGGGUGACUAAGACCAAAAUUUCAAUAAAUGUUGUGCUUACUAUAUAAUCUUUACUUUCCCACUCAAAGGUGUAAGAUAAACUUUAGCAUUCAAGCACCUAAGUGGAUUAUUAUGGGUAUAAAUAUAUUUUUUUUUUUUUUAUAGGAGAGGGGGCAAACGAGCAUGCGGCUCACCUGAUGGUAAGUGACUACCGCCGCCCAUGAACAACUGCUACACCAGGGGAAUAUGAUGCGUUGCGGGCCUUUUAAAAAGGAGUACGCUCUUUUCUUGAAGGUCCCUAAGUCGUAUCGGUCCGGAAAAAUCGCUGAUGGUAAUCGAUUCCACAAGGAGGUCGUGCGAGGAAGAAAACAUCUUCUAAAUCGCACAGUGGUGGACCGCCAAUCAUCCAGAUGGUGUGGAUGGUAUCGGGAGUUCUGCCGCGAUGUGCGUUAGUGAAAUUUGGCGGCUGGGAUUAAUCCGAACAAUUCCAAUAUAAAUAUUACCAAAAGAAAAUUGAGAUACAUCUAUUCUAAAAACAAAAUACUAAAAACUAAGAACGGUAUACUAAAUGUUCAAAAUUACUCAAAUCUUAUAUUAUUUGGCCAUAAAAGAAAAUAAAUAAUUUAAUUAUAAAAUCUAAGAAUAUAUGUAAGACAACCUGGGACAUUAUUAAAAAUAAUGAAUAUGAUAAUACAGACAAUAAAGAUUUUGAUAGAUAGCAGAUAAAUUGAAUAACUAUUUUGCUAACAUCCAUGACAUAAAAAUUGAUUAAAAAAAAAGAAACAGGACGCGUUUAGACAACCUCGAGCAUAGCAUGUUUCUACGACCAUGCUCCAUAAAUGAAAUUAUAAGAAUAAUUAAAUCCUUAAACAAUUACAAAGUCUGUGGAUACUAAUUCAGUCUCUAUUCAUAUAAUAAAGGAUUGUGCUGAU